AUGGCUGCCAAGGUUCCACGAAACUUUAGGCUUCUUGAAGAGUUGGAGAAGGGAGAGAAGGGACUUGGUGCCGGUAUGAUCUUGAUUCUUCUAGGAAAGCUAGGAAUCGGUUUACUGACUAUUUUGUUUGGAACUACUAUAGAGGCUUGCUCUUAUGGUCUUGCUGAUGGAGAAGACAUGAUGAUGAGCAACUGGAAUGGCACAAUCCUGGGCCCUCCUCACAGCGUACACGAGAAUCGAAUUUACAGUGUGAACAUCCAUUGCGGUCCCGACUAUCCCGAUAACCCCCCAACCAUCCAAUUCGUCUCGCAGGUCAAUGCCCCUUGUGUCAACCAGCAAAACGGAAAGGUGGACCCAACCAAGCUCCCCUGUCUUGCCCAGUGGAAGCGCGACUACACAAUGGAGACCGUCCUGAUUGAGCUUCGCCGAUACAUGGCCCUUCCUCAGCACAAGAAACUGCCUCAGCCACUGGAGGGUUCGACUUUUUAA